AUAGUGAAAAGUGGGUGUUACAUUGUACAGUGGCAUAAUGUGCACCUCUGCCUACCCCUUCGUGGAUAAAAGGCGUGAUGUUAUGUUAUGUUCUUUAUAAAAGAUGUUAAAUGUGUUGUUGCAGUUUCGACGUCCGCGGCAAGCACCUGUCCGAGGCCCGUCACUGGUCGGCUCCCGAGGUGUUCGGCCCCCGCGCGCACUUCUCCACCUCCCCCCCUCCCGCCGCGCUGCUGGUGCGCGACGUCAAGCGCCGCGACGAGGGCGUCUACCGGUGCAGGGUGGACUUCCGUAACACACAGACCACCAGCUUCCGAUAUAACCUUACUGUAGUGGUUCCUCCCGAGAAGCCGGUGGUGGUGGACCGGUGGGGACGGGUCAUCAACACCACGACCCUUGGACCGCACGAGGAGGGGGACGACGUGCUGCUCACCUGCAGGGUACUCGGCGGUCGGCCGGAGCCAUCAGUGCGGUGGCUGGUGAACGGUGUGCUGGUCGACGAAGAGUACGAGCACAACACGGGUGACGUCAUCGAGAACAGACUCCUAUGGCCCGCCAUCAGACGAAUUGACUAUGCCGCCGUCUUCACCUGCCAGGCUACCAACUCACACCUCGUGCCGCCUAAAGAACUUUCACUAGUGCUCGAUAUGUUCCUGAGACCGCUAACAGUGGAGAUAAAGAAGCCGGCGGAGGUGGGCGAGGGCGGGGUGCUGACUGCGGAGCGGCGGUACGAGGUGGCGUGCGAGUCCGCCGGCAGCAGGCCGCCCGCCGUCAUCACUUGGUACAAGGGGAAGCGACAGCUCAAGAGGAUCACGGAGGAGCUCCGGGACAACCUAACGGUGAGCGUGAUGAGCUUCGUGCCGACGUUAGACGACGACGGCAAGCCCAUCACCUGCCGCGCGGAGAACCCGAACGUCACCACCCUCAGCAUGGACACCUCCUGGACCAUCAACGUCGUCUACCCGCCGGUGGUGCGGCUGAGGCUGGGCAGCUCGCUCGCGGCCGGCGACAUCAAGGAGGGGGACGACGUGUACUUCGAGUGCCACGUGCGAGCCAACCCACCCGCCAGGAAACUGUCAUGGCUACACGACGACCGCGCACUGGCACACAACGCGACGGCGCGCGUGUUCCACAGCAACCAGAGCCUCGUGCUGCAGAAGGUGACGCGCCACAGCUCCGGCCGCUACGCCUGCUCGGCGCUUAACGCCGAGGGGGAGACCGUCUCCAACGAGUUGCUCUUCAGGGUCAAAUACGCGCCGUCGUGUCGGUCGAGCGGCGUGUCGGUGGUGGGCGCGGCGCGCGGCGAGUCCGUGGUGAUCGUGUGCGAGGUGGACGCCGACCCGCCCGCCGCCGUCUUCAAGUGGAAGUUCAACAACUCCGGCGAGACGCUCGACGUCGCCGCCGACAGAUACACCUCCAACGGCAGCGCGUCCAGCCUCAAGUACACUCCGGUGGCAGACCUCGACUACGGCACGUUGUCGUGCUCCGCGUCCAACGAGGUGGGCGCGCAGCUCGCUCCCUGCGUCUUCCAGAUGGUGGCGGCAGGCAAGCCGCAUGCGCCCCGCAACUGCACGCUGUGGAACCAGACGGCGGAGUCGGUGGAGGUGUCCUGUGUGGCGGGCUUCGACGGCGGCCUGCCGCAGCGGUUCCUGCUCGAGGUGUACUCCGACAGCGCCGUGCCCAGAGUGAACCUGUCUUCGGACGAGCCGUCGUGGACGGUGCGCGGGCUGGAGUGGGACGUGCGGCACCGGCUCGUCGCCGUCGCCUUCAACUCCAAGGGUCGCUCCGCGCCCGCCAAACUCGACGACGUGCUGUUUAGAGACCCGGAGAAGAGGACAGCGUCGGAGGCACAGCUGGGUGUGAGCGGCGUGGUGGGCGCGCCGCCCGCCAAGCUCGACCACGACGAUGCCGAGCCAGAUCUCAUACCUAAUAACUACUGUAAGUACUCCAUUGACUCUCAGAACCACCUAAAGUUACUGAGUCUUUCCAACUUUAAAACUGUACCAUUCAAAUAA